GACGAGACGACAUGAGAGCGGACUGUAUUUUGUAUUAUGGCUUUGGAGACAUAUUCAGAGUAAGCUCAAUGGUGGUCAUGGAAAACGUGGGACAACAGAAGCUUUAUGAGAUGGUGUCAUACUGCCAAAACAUAAGCAAGUGUCGCCGUGUUUUGAUAGCUCAACAUUUUGAUGAAGUGUGGAACUCGGAAGCAUGUAACAAAAUGUGUGAUAACUGCUAUAAAGACAUUUCAUUUGAAAAAAAGAACGUAACACAGUACUGCAGAGACCUAAUCAAGAUCUUGAAGCAGGCAGAGGAAAUGAAUGAAAAACUCACUCCACUGAAACUGAUUGACUCAUGGAUGGGAAAAGGUGUAGCAAAACUGAGAGUAGCAGGUGUUGCUGUUCCCAUACUUCCCCGAGAAGACCUGGAGAAAAUCAUUGCACACUUUCUUCUGCAGCAAUACCUUAAAGAAGACUACAGUUUUACAGCUUAUGCUACCAUUUCCUAUUUGAAAAUAGGACCCAAAGCUCAUCUUCUCAACAGUGAAGCUCACAUUAUUACUAUGCAAGUAAAGAAGCCCACGUACAGCUGUUUCAGGAUUGAAUCAUCUGGUACUUGUCAAACUGAACAAGCUGAUAAAAAGGGGGAAGAAAAAAAUUCAGGUAACUUCCAGAAGUCUGCAAAUAUGCUUCAGCAAUCUGGUUCUAAGAACACGGGGGCUAAAAAAAGAAAAGUUGAUGAUGCCUGAGAUGACUGCUUGUAAAUUCUCCACAAGAGAAUGGUUUCUGC